AAUGGAUAUUUGGAUAUUUUCUGUUCUUUUGUUAUAUGCAAUGCUUGAAAAGUUCUUACUCUGUGCAUCAACAAAUGCCGUUGUUUUUGUUUACUCCGUUUUUUAUUGGCCAAUUUAUAACUAAUUUCUCUAUUUCCUUCGCGUUUUUAUUUUCUCUCUCUCUCUUUCUUUGCCAUAAUAUUGUCUUUCACUCCCAAAAUUUUUUUAUUUUUCUAAUCUUUAUUUUGUAAAAAUGAAAACCGAAAUUAAUACGAUUCCAAAUUCGCAAAAUUAUAAAGUUUCAAAGAGACAACAAGAAAUAUACAAUACCAUGGAAAGAACCAUCAGUCAAAAAAGUUCAAACUUUAAUUACCCAACCGUAAAUAUAACCGAUAUAACCAAAAUCGAAGCCGCGGAUCUUGAAGUUGAGGAUGUAAAUAUGUUCGCAGACAUAUGUCUGCUAAAUCAUAUUUUAACAUUCGAUGCAGAACAAAAUCAAGAAAGAAUUGAGGUUAUAUCACAAAUCCUAAUCAUCAUGGAAACUUGGCGAGACAUAUUAAGGACAGCGUAUAUACUCGACCAACUUGAAAGUAAACGCCCGGAGAAGGAGAAAGGAAUUUCAAGAAUCCAAAUUAAAUUUGAAGAACUAAACAACAAGACCAGCAAAAUUCUCGAUGAUUUAGAAGAAAUUUUAGCCGCAUGUGACGCAAACCUUGAUGACGUCAAAAUUCUUCUAUAUGAUAAGGCAACGCUAUUCUAAAAGCUUGCUGGUAGUAUGUGUUAUGUUUUUCCUAUUUUGUACAUAUUU